CCGGGGAGUUGGAGAAAGUCUACGGAAAAGCAAGGGAAGAAGAGCCGAUAGACAAAGCAGUGGCGGCAAAGAAGAAAUUCAUGUAACAAAUUCCGAUCCUGCCUUCGCUAGAAAUCGACGAUACCCUGAGCAAACUGCUAGGUACCAUGGUAUCUGUAUCCUUUCAGACCAUGUUGCAAGCAAGUUUGAGAUUGCUUAAAGGACGCAGGCAAUUACUAACACGCCGACACGUAGACGUAGAGGAGGCCCCAGAACCACAGGAGCAGGAAACGGAGGAGGCCGAUGCACCGCAAGGGGUCUCCAACCUCCAGAGAAUUCCAGGGGAUCUGGAGGACCUGGAAAAAACAUUUGCAGACAUCCGCCUAAGCCUGUCGGACCGAGAAGGUGGAGAAGUCAUGAGGGCACCGCCCGGGACGAAGCUUAGCUUUCAUGCGCUGCCCGUAGGAAAGUUAAAAGUCCAGAUCGGAACCCACCACACAGAUGCAUUAAUGGACUGUGGGGCAGAAAUUACCCUCAUACGACGAGACUUCGCAACAAUUACGGGUUGUACGGUAAACAAGGAGGUGAUGGGGAGUAUCCUGGGAGCCGGCGGGGAUAUUCCCUUUGCAAGGUACGUCACGAAAUGCGCAGUUAAGGCGGGGAUCAGGGAAUCGAUCUGGUCUUUCCAGCGAAUGACCGUGAUGGAAGAAAUUGACCAUGACAUAAUUUUCGGGAGACCAUGGUGCGCCAACGUAGAGAUGAUAGGUAUGCAUCUGCAUGAUAGCACGUACAUGGUGGAUAUAGAGGACCCAGUGACCGGCCGCGGAGAACUCCUCCGACUCCUUGGGACCGGAGGGGAUCCUCCGAAGGGCAAGUUGGCAACCUGGUCACCAACGUUCGAAGAUAGUGCACGAAAAGGGGCAUUCACCCGAAUGGAAGGUAUGAGGGAAAGAGUGAACAUCAUGAUUGAGGAGGCCUUUAACAAAAAGGAGUGGAUCAAGAUGGGUCUGCAUCUGAAGAAAAGGAGGCAAGAGGACGAGGUCGUAGGGGUUAUGGUGGCAGAAAAGGAGUCGAAAGUCGAACUUGGGGCCAACUUGCCCAAGCCAAAGGAAGGUCGGAAGGAAACGUCGGAGGUAGUGCUCGAAAUCCCAGACUUGUUACAACUCAUUAAGGCUAUCAGGUACCACAAAGUGGGGGUGGAUCCGGCAGCGCUUGCCAAAUUCGAAGAUCCGGUCCGAAAAGACUAUUGUCUUAACAGAAAGUUCGACUACAAGGUCGAGCGAAUUGCGGGGCUCCGAAACAGGGCAGACGGGCUAAGUCGGGUUUGCAUCACGCCAGUGGAAGUAGAGGAUGCGGAGCCAAUCGACGCUUUCCUGGAGUACGAAGGGGGGACCCUUGUCGUAGAUAACGAGAUGGCGGGCGCCGCUCCUACAACAGGCCAGCUGCUGAUUCAGACCCUAGAAAAGGGCGCGCCUGCCGUAGUUGCAGAACUUAGGGAAGGGUCUGUCACUAUGAUUAGACGCAAAGAUGAGAAGGAUUCGUGGGGAGCAACGGUGGGGCCGAAGGAAGAGCUGAUGACAAUGGCCGUUGAAGGGGGUCGGGAAUGCCGUGAUGUGCCUAGUAUAAACUUGGACGCGAAGGGAGCUGCAGUGUACAUCUUGGAUGCAAGAGAUAAUCUUAACGGCUACGUAGAGGCAGUAACUCUUAAAAGAAGGACGAGAAAAAAAGUGGCCGACUGGAUAAAAGACUUCUACCUAAGGCACCCCUUUGUGCGUAGGUUCAUAGCGGAUAAUGAGACGAAGUUCAUAAAUCACGAAGUGUUGAGCAGGUUCAAGAUGCUGUGCGUACCUAUCAAGAUCAUCGAACCAUACCAUCCUGAGGCCAAUACACCUGUAGAAAGGGGGCACCGGACCUUGAAAAACACAAUCGCUAAGCUGGCGGCAGAUAACCUAGGAAACUGGCCUCGGUACGUUAAGCAGGCGGUCUUCUCAGAUAACAUGACGUCGAAGAGGACGACGGGGUGCAUUCCGAUAGAACUCUGGUAUGGGAGAGAGAUUGAUUUCCCGCUGGAAGUUUUGGUUCCUACCUGGAACAGGCUAGAUGACAAUCCGCACAUGUCUACGGAGGAGCUAAUCGUCGCACGAAGCCAACAGGUCGUUAGAAAUGAAGAAGCCUUGGAGGAUGUGGUUAAGCGUGUGAUGGAUAGCCGAAUGAGGGACGAAGCAAGGUGAGACGAGGUCAAGAACAUCCGGAAGGAGCCGCUCCAGGUGGGGGAAAUGGUAUUAGUUAGGAACGCGACUCUUGAAAGCACGUGGUCAGGACAACUGGGGAAGAGAUUCAAAGGCCCCUACCGGGUCGCUAAGCGGGUGGGGCUGAACACCUUUGAACUUGAGGAUCUUGACGGUACUGGGAUAAAAGGGUCAUUUUCGG